AGCGAGUGGACAGUGGGUGGCGCGUGAACUCAGCGUCUCUCCUCGCGCGCGCUCUGUGAUCAUUGCGUGAAUGAAGCUCUGGCGUGGGAAAGAAGAGGUUAUGUGAAACACUGUCAUGGAUCCACGGUAACAUCAGUGCAAUAGUUGUGCAAUUGCGUUAUCAAUAGAUGCUCGUUCUCUCUGUGCAGAACUUGAGCGCGUGCAACCUGAAGAUGCGUGUGAUCAAAGACAGAUCGCAUCUGCUCAUCGCUCAACUGUGGCUCAUCUGUCAAAUAGAUCUGGCCAUGCCGUACCUAAGGGGCCAGCACAAAUUCACAGAGGACGUUGAUUGGUCUUACACAGGGGCCCUGAACCAAAAGGACUGGACAAAGAAAUAUCCAGUCUGUGGCAAUGCCAAACAGUCACCUAUUGACAUCAAUGAGGACUUCACUCAGGUCCGGAUGCAGAACCAGAACCUAAAGCUGGAGAACUGGGACAAGCCCACCACAGAUUCCACAACCAUCAUGAAUGAUGGGAAAACAGUGGUAAUCAGUCUGAAUGGUCUUUACUACAUAAGUGAAGGAGGGCUCAGAUCCAGGUUUAAAGUGGGCAGGAUCAUGUUCCAUUGGGGCCAAUGUAAUGCCACUUCAGACGGCUCUGAACACAGUCUAAAUGGCAACAGGUUCCCCCUGGAGAUGCAGAUCUAUUGUUUUGAGGAAGAGGAGUUUGAAUCCAUAGAUGAGGCCAUAAGUCACGGAGGAAAGAUUACUGCUUUAGCUGUUCUCAUUGAGGCCAGCAUUGAAGACAACCAGGACUAUGUGGCCAUUGUUGAAGGAGUCAACAGUGUGAGCCGAUUUGGUAAAAAUAGCCCGCUGGAACCGUUCUCUUUGCUGGGUCUGCUUCCACAAUCCAGGGAAAAAUACUUCAUGUACAACGGCUCACUGACCGCGCCGCCCUGCUCGGAGAAUGUGGAGUGGAUUGUGUUUAAAAACACAGUGGCCAUCUCAGAAACCCAGCUGGAGGUGUUCUGUGAGGUGAUGACCAUACAGCAAGCCGGCUAUGUGAUGUUGACUGAUUAUCUGCAGAAUAACUACAGAGAACAGCAGCAGCAGUUCAUAGGACAAGUCUUCUCUUCAUACACGGGCACAGAAGAAGUCCCUGAUCCUAUGUGCAGUUCAGAACCACAGAAUGUGCAGGCAGACUCUCAGAACUACACUGGCAUUGUGGUGACAUGGGAGAGGCCGAGAGUUGUCUUCGAAACCACCAUUGAGAGAUACUCUGUCACCUACCAAAGACUCCAGGGCAAAGACCCACCCAAACAACAGUACCUAACGGAUGGAGAACAGGAUGUGGGGGCCAUUAUCCACAAAUUACUGGCGAACAGUAGCUAUGUUGUCCAGGUGGUGGCCCUAUGCACCAAUGGCUUGACUGGGAAAAUGAGCGACCAAGUUAUAGUAGACAUGCCUCUUGAAGACCCUGCAAAUGAGCCUGAUCCUUUUGGUGAUUCAGCAGAAUCAGAGGAAUACAUUGAGGUGACAUCGGAACCUACGUAUCCUAAGAGCAGAGUAACAAAGACUCCAAAAUCUCCACCGAGUCGAACCCUCAUCCAUGGUUUCUCCUCUGGGAGUUCCAUCUCUAUCACCACAGUGACGGACCAACCAGGCUUCCUGUUCCCUGUUGUCAAAACAACCACUGCUGCUGUCAGACGAAAAAUUACAGAGGAGUCUUCUUUGUCAUGGUCACCUGACCAAAACAAGACAGGAAAUGGUACCAAACGCCCACGUAACAAACUUAUUCCAGAGGAGGGUGCCCACCUUCCUCACAGCAACAUGGUGGUCACAGAUAUUUACUAUGAGGAUGUUCUCAACACCAGCACCACAAAUGCCACACCAGCCCAAGGUCUUAUCAAUCUCAGAACACUGCCAGGUGUUGGUGCACAGGACCAGGAGAAGACAACAACCAUAAACCCCGACCUUGAUCCUCAGAUUAAUGAGAAGACCACUGCUAAAACCUCAGUAUCUUUAACUUCUGCCCCAGAACGUCCAACAAAGUCCAGCACCUCCACACCAUCAGUAACUGGAAUUUCCAGAACUAAUGCAACCACAGGAUCACCUAUUUCUGCUUCAAUGAAGAUCAUAUCUCAAACCACUCAACCUCUGUUUAAUGAGGCUAGUAACAGCAGCCCAGAGUCUCGUGUCGGGAUGGUUGGAGGGACGGAAAGAGAGAAAAGGACAGUUGUUCCUCUGGCUGUGGUGUCCACACUAACCAUCCUGUGUUUGCUUGUGCUGGUGGGAAUUCUCAUCUACUGGAGGAGGUGCUUUCAAACAGCACAUUUUUACGUAGAAGACAACAUUUCACCCCGAGCAAUAUCGGCUCCAUCAACACCUCUUCUGCUAACGACAGAGGACAAUGAAGCUCUCCCCAUAAAGGAAUUUGUGAAACAUGUUGCUGAUCUCCACUCAAAUCACACAUUCUCCAAAGAAUUUGAGAUCUUGAAAGAGUCCUAUGAGGAGAUUCAGGCCUGUACAACAGACAUCGGCAUCACAACUGACAGCUCCAACCAUCCAGACAAUAAAAGCAAGAACAGAUAUAUAAACAUCCUGGCUUAUGAUCACAGUCGAGUCAAACUCUUGCAAAACUCUGACAAAGAUGGAAAGACUGGGGACUACAUUAAUGCCAACUACGUGGAUGGCUUCAAUCAACCGAAAGCAUAUGUAGCUGCACAGGGUCCGCUGAAGGCCAGUCUGGAAGACUUCUGGAAGAUGAUAUGGGAACAGAACGUUGGUGUAAUUGUCAUGAUCACCAACCUGGAGGAGAAGGGUCGGAGAAAAUGUGAUCAAUAUUGGCCCCUGGAGAAUCAGGAAGACUAUGGAUGCUUUAGUGUCACUUUGAAGAGCACUAAAACUCUUGCCUACUACACCCAGAGAACAUUCAUGUUGAGGAAUGUUAGCAUUAAGAAGGGUCGCAGUCAGGAGAAGAAAGUGCUUCAGUUUCAUUACACUCAAUGGCCUGAUAUGGGCGUCCCAGAACACACACUUCCUGUGCUCUCGUUUGUGCGGGCUUCUUCACAGGCCAGGACUGCUGAAAUGGGGCCUGUGGUCGUACACUGCAGUGCUGGUGUAGGAAGAACAGGCACCUAUAUUGUGAUUGACAGCAUGUUGAAACAGAUAAAGGAAGAAGGUACCGUGAACAUCACGGGGUUCCUCAAACACAUUCGUACUCAGAGGAACUACCUGGUACAGACAGAGGAGCAGUUUAUCUUCAUCCACGAUGCUUUAGUGGAGGCUAUCAGGAGUAAAGAGACACUGGUAUCAUCUAGUCACAUUCACACCUAUGUAUCUGAUCUGCUCACACCUGGACCGACAGGCAAAACCAGCCUGGAAAAACAGUUUAAGCUGGUGAGUCAGAGUUGUGCAAAACAAAGUGACUACACUGUCGCUUUAAAGGAGCUCAACUCAUCAAAGAACAGGAAGUCUAGUCUUAUGCCUGUUGAAAGGUCAAAGGUCAGUCUUUCCACAGGGUCGGGUGAAUCAUCAGACUACAUUAAUGCCUCUUAUAUAAUGGGUUACCAUCAGAGCCGUGAGUUCAUCAUUACUCAGAAUCCUCUGCCGAACACCAUACAGGACUUCUGGAGAAUGAUCUGGGAUCAUAACGCACAGAUCAUUGUUUCACUGCCAGACGCACUGAGCCUGUCCAGAGAUGGAGAGUGUGUGUAUUGGCCAAAGAAAGACCAGCCAAUCAGCUAUGAGACCUUUACUGUGACCUUCAAGGGGGAGGACCAAGUGUGCCUGUCCAAUGAGGAGUCGCUGAUGGUACAAGACUUUAUUCUGGAAGCCUUAAAGGAUGACUAUGUGCUGGAGGUUCGGCAGUAUCAGACCCCUCGCUGGCCGAACCCUGACAGCCCCAUCAGCAAAAGCUUUGAGCUCAUCAACGUUAUCAGAGAAGAAAGCACCCGUCGAGAGGGACCAGUCAUCAUCCAUGAUGGGUCUGGAGGAGCGAGUGCAGGUAUCCUUUGUGCUCUGACCACACUGGUUAACCAACUGGAGGAGGAGAAUUGUGUGGAUGUCUAUCAGACAGCAAGAAUGAUAAACCUCAUGAGGCCUGGAGUCUUCAAUGAUUUUGAACAGUAUCAGUUCCUCUACAAAGCGAUUCUGAGCUUGGUAAGUACCAAGGAGGAUGAGAAAGCUCUUCACUACUCGGAAAACAAUGGCACCGUUCCGGCCAACGCCUCGGAAUGCCUGGAGUCCCUCAUGUAGCUAUACAGGGACACUGUCACCUUUCGUGGAAGGAAUUGUACAAUGAAUCAAGAGAACAUAGAUUUGGCUUGAAACCCUCCAUAAGUCUUUAUACAGAAUUUGAUGGU